AUGCAGGGAGGCUAUAUGGCAAAUGUGCAAACGGUACCGGGUAAUAGCACUAUUUUCCAACCAGGAACUGCUGCCGUAGGUGGGCCACAGAGGGGAAGAGUCAUGCAACGACCAACUGCUCCUCGAAUGUUUGUUCAACCAGCUCCACAAGCAGGUGAACGACCGUAUGUCGUACCGCAACAGCAAAUUCGUAUGGUCUCCACGCAGAGAUUACCACCACAGAAGCGAACCAUAGGACAAAAAUCCCCGAUGACAGCGGUGAUGGUACCCGCUAGGUCGGGACAACCGCAUCAGAUUCGUGCAGUACCGAGAGGAUUUACUCCUCAAGGGACCCGAAUAAUGAAUGUUGUUAUGGCACCCAGUGGCGUACCGGCGUCAAGUUCGUCACAGCCCCUUCCAAUGCAGCAGGGUGGACAACCCGGUGGAGCCACACUGAUGACAUCCGGAGCACCUGGAGUACGACAUCCUUCACCGUUUUCAGAAGGUGCAACUCAUACGAGUUAUUUUCAUGAUUAUUUAUUUUCUCACAACCCGGAACCAUCAGUUUCCUUUUCAGCUACUGGUGUAACUGUCAAACGACAACUUCUGUCCCAGACCCGACCUUUGGGACCAGGAUCGAGAGGCAGCUCUCCUCAAACUGUAGCUCAAGUCGUCAUCGCCCCACCAUCACAGCCGCAGCCUCAGCUCAUGCAGCAACAGCAGCAACAACAGCAACAACAGCAGCAACAACAACAGCAGCAACAACAGCUAGCCCCUGAAGAGCAGCAUCCUUUAGCUGCUGCGCCCUUACCUCAACCAUCACCAGCCCAGAUUGAGGAACCGCCUUCUAGGCCGUCACCCUCGCCAUCUCAUAGUUCAUCAUAA